UUAUUUGACAGUCAGAGUGACAGCUAAUUACAAUCAGACGUGUUGUGUUACGCUUGUUGUGCGAAAAUAUUGCAUAUAAAAUGUGUCUUAUUGUAACGCAUUCUCGUUCGUAUUUCUAGCUACCAUAAUAUGUUGCUUAUAAAUUCGAAGUUUCAAAUAACUGGUAGUUGAUCGUAAUACUCGUGGGGUAAGAAUCCUACGUAACGCUCAAACACAAUGGUAGCUAACAUUCUCUGUAACAGCAUCUGAGAGCUCGGUCGCAUACGAUUUCGUCUGACCAUCGUUACUUUCUCUCUGAUGCGUUGCGAGUGGGUUGUUACUUAACACAGUAGUGUAACGGGGCAAGACGGUCGAAUCACUUCUAAUGAUAAUUCACAAACAGUGUGGUAGAACAAUUAUUUGAGUGUUAGUGUGAUGUGCGUGGGAUCGUAGUGAUGGUGGAACGCGAAGGGAUGCGUCGCGGUGGAGGGUGCGGCUGGGGUAGCGGUGUCUUCGGCAGGUGGUCGCUGCGGCGGCUGCUGCUGGACAGCCCUUUGGUUGGAAGAAGACUUGCCCACUCAGUAUUAGACCAAGCAGACGGCCGGCCCGUGAAACUGAGUGGUGUUGAAACGCAAGCGAAGCAGGCUGCUGUCCAAUACAUAGCUGAAGACGAAGAGGGCGAAGUCCUAGACUGUCCGCUAUGCCUCUCCACAAUGAGCGCGUCGAGCAUGGUCCGGCUGGCGUGGUGCUCGCACCGGUGCUGCGAGCCGUGCCUCCGCCAGUACCUCGCUAUAGAGAUAUUCGAGGCGAGGGUGCCGGUCAACUGUCCGGUGUGCCAUGAGAAUAUGCAUCCUUCUGAUGUCAGACGGAUAGUUGACAACCAAGCGUUAUAUGACAAGUAUGAAGAGUUCUCAGUUAGGAGGGCCCUCGCGGCAGACCCCGACACGAGGUGGUGUCCGGCGCCUGACUGCAGCUUCGCAGUGGUCGCCACCGGUUGCGCAUCUUGCCCUAAGCUGACGUGCCUCGCGCCGGGCUGCGGCGCGUCGUUCUGCUACCACUGCAAGGCGGCGUGGCACCCCACGCAGACGUGCGACGCGGCGCGCCGCAGCAGGCAGCCGCCGCCCAGGGCGCCGCAGCCGUCGCAUAACGAGAUGGAGCACGGCGAAGUGAAGCCGUGCCCUCGCUGCUCAGUUUUAAUAGUGAAGGUGGAAGACGGCUCAUGCAACCACAUGGUGUGCUGCGUGUGCGGCGCGGAGUUCUGCUGGCUCUGUAUGAAGGAGGUGUCAGACUUACAUUAUCUUAGUCCGAGCGGGUGCACGUUCUGGGGCAAGAAGCCGUGGUCGCGCAAGAAGAAGCUGCUGUGGCAGCUGGGCACGCUGGCGGGCGCGCCGCUGGGCAUCGCGGUCGUGGCCGGCGUGGCGCUGCCGGCGCUGCUCGUGGGGCUGCCGCUGUGGGCGGGGCGCCGCGCGCACCGCCGCCUGCGCCGCGCCAAGCCGGCCCGCCGCCGCGCCGCCGUCGCCGCCGCCGUCGCCGCUGCGCUGGUGGUGUCGCCGCUAGUGGCCGGACUGGCGGUGGGCAUUGGCGUGCCGAUCCUGCUGUUCUACGUAUAUGGCGUGGUGCCGGUGUCGCUGUGCCGCGCGGGGGGCUGCGCCGCGGCGCCUACCGACCGCGACCGCGACCGUGACCGCGACCGCGACCACGCGCUCGACGUGGACGCCUACUCGCGCCGCCUGGAGCCCAGCAUCGGCGACGCGUCGCUGUCGGCCGGGUCGGCGCACGCGGAGGUGCGCGCGCCGUCGCUGGCGGGGCUGGCGGGCUCGCUGGCGUCGCACGAGGCGCCCGACGCGGCGUCGCCCGCCGCGCACCGCCUCGAGGUGACCGCCGACGUCACCGACACCGCCAGCGCGGCCAGCUGGCCCGACGACUUGCCCUCCACCUCGCGCCCCGCCCGCUCCGCCGCGCGCCUCCGCAGCCUGUUCCUCUACGGCUCCGCGGUGCCGCCGGACCCGGAGGCGGGCACGUCGGCCCCGGACCCCGCGCCCCCCGCCGCCCCCGCCGUCGAACUGUCGGCCGCGUGCGAGACGAAGUCGUAACGAACGGCAGCCAAGCGGAAGCUUCACGGGGACUGAGGGCGCCGCUGCACUGUUCUGGAACGUUCGAGAUUGAUCGCUCGAUGCGUUGGAGUGGACGUACGCUGGAGAUUAUUGGUGGGAGGGAGGUACUGUGAUAGUGUGGCGAGAGCAGAGGUGAAGAGUCUACAAAUCUACCGAUUUUGACGAAAUUACUUCAAGAUAUAGGAAUCUGUGACAUAGCAGCUUUACCAGAGACUAAGUGGAUGAUUCGCAGUCAAACAAACAGGGUUACAUACUACAGCUCAGUGAUGUGUGAUUCAAAUCAAAUCAAAUCAAAUCAAAGAUUUAGUGAAAUGUAUCAGUUGCUAUGAUUCUUGUUUUAAAGAAACUGAGUAAUUGCAGUAAAUUUUUCCACGAUACAUCAAUACCUAAAUUUGACAUAUUGUCCCAUACAUUGAUUAAGAUGAACACACUUAUGGUCCUUUACCAUAAACAAUUGCUUUAUGGAAACUCACUUUACAAAGAGAUAUUAAAUUUAACAACUCAAUAGAAAAUAUGUGCUGGGACAACUCAAAAAUAUUAUAUGCAUCCAAACCGUACCUAUUGCGAAGGCGGGAGUGACGUUGAUCCGUCAUAUGUAUCCAGCUCGCUCCAAACAAUUAGUGUAUGUGAUAUAUAAUCUCAAGUCUUCAGUGGAAAAAACUGGCCCGUAUUAAAUAGAAGUGAAGUGUACGAGACUUAUUGUAAUUGCGCUAACGCUUGUGUCGAGUGUCAACGAAAUAUCGGCUAGCUACUGUAAUGUACGAUUUGUUGUCGAAAUAUUCAUUUGAACUGCAAUUAAAAACUUAAUAAACAAUCGUUAUAAGAUUAUUACGAAUAUAUUUGCUAACGGCUCUCUCAGUUCUGCAGGACAUUCUAUAUUCAAAAAUAUGUAUGAUUUAAAAUUAAUUACAUUAUUUUAAGAAUAGGUAUUUGACAGAAUCCACUCCUUAAGCUUCGAAUGUCUGACAAUAAAUAUGUUAGGAUAUGAAGCUGUCGCUUUUAAGACAUUGGAGGUUUAAUACGGGCCUUCGUAUUAUAAGGACAAUUGUAGAUUUUCAAUUUCGUGUCUCACCGUCCUAAUAGAGCCAAACCAGCUCUUGUGUCAUAGUUGUUUUGUCUAUGGUGUUAGCGUACCGCCAUUUUCCUGUAUAAUAUCAUAGGCGUGUUUAUUGCACCCCUACAUUUAAGUUUGAAGAUUUUUGAACGAUCUCAAAAAAAAA